UCGAUACGAAAAAUGUGUUCAUCCGCCAUCCUGGUCCUUGCUCAUCCUGGUUCUUGAUGAAACACCCGGACGAAAACAUCGAAGUUCAGGAGUAAAGUAGCAGUCCUUGGGCAGCAUGGAAGCUCUGUCAGAGGAGAACUCCUCAGACCUUUCAUCUGUAGACACCACCGGUAUAACAGACCUGGCCACAGUGAACAUAGCAGGUGCUGACAUGGAUUUGAGUGAAGGUGAAAUAGGACAGUCAGUUGUGUCUCCCCACAAAGAGGAAAGUGAUAUUGGUAGUGACAGUGUGUGUGCAAUAAUCAAAAAGGAAUUAGCUGGUGAAGAGACAUUACCAGCCUCAGAAAAUGUUCUGCGAUUUGAAUCUGGCAUUGCUGAUGGUUACAUCAUAUUAUCCAGAGAAGCUGCGGCUUCUUUGGGAAUGAACUCGGCCACAGCUACUGUUGAAACUGAUGUCACAGAGCCUGCCAACAAGCGAUUUAGAUUCCAGGGUGAGGAUGGACAAUCAUAUGUACUAACUGUGGCAGACAGCACAACUGGAGAGAAUCCAGACAUCACACUGGAUGACCAGCAGAAGAUUCAAGCCACAACAGCUGUCGAGUUGGAAGAACAACAGCUUCCUGUGGCAACAGCAAUGGCUACUGCUGUUACUGUUCCCUUGGUUACAACCAGCCAGUCUGUGUCUGAACAACUGUUGGGACCGGGAAAUACUGGCAAGAAGGCACCGGGCAACUCUGAUGUAACUCAAGCCUGGUUUACCACCCGGUUUGACAAGGUUGCCAUGCAAAGUAAAGGAGCCAGCUGGAAGCAGGGACAGUGGACUAAAGAAGAGAUAGAUGUUUUGCAGUGUAACAUUGAUGCAUAUUGUCGGGAACGUGGUAUAAGUGAACCUACAGAAAUCAUAUUUGGAAUGUCCAAAGAUGAAAGAAAAGAUUUUUAUAGGACAGUUGCCAAAGGAUUACAGCGUCCAUUGUUUUCCGUAUACAGACGUGUUACCAGAAUGUAUGACCAGAAAAAUCAUAUGGGAAAAUAUUCUCAAGAGGAAAUGGCAAAGCUUAGGGAACUUCGUGGUAAAUAUGGCAAUGACUGGGCUUCCAUAGGGUCAGUGUUGGGAAGGAGUGCUUCAUCCGUCAAAGAUAAAUGUCGGCUGAUGAGAGACACCUGUAAUUCAGGUAAAUGGUUGCCCGAAGAAGAGCUCAGACUUUCGUCAGCAGUUUAUGAACUGGCAGGUGUCAAGCCAGGUGAGAAUGUGACCAGUGGGCUUUCAUGGGCGUCUGUAGCAGAGAGGGUUCUCACACGAUCAGAAAAACAAUGUCGAACAAAAUGGUUAAACUUCCUCAACUGGAAACAGAAAGGAGGAACAGACUGGACCAGGGAGGACGACAUCAAUCUAGUCAUUAAAAUUGCUAACUUAGGUGUAUCAGAUGACACAGAGAUAGACUGGACAGAGCUAGCAAAGAACUGGCCGAGUGUACGAUCGCCACAGUGGCUGCGAGGGAAGUGGUGGUCUCUAAAGAGACAUGUCCCAGAUUACCAGCUACUGUCAUUCUCAGAUCUAAUUAUAUUUUUAAAAAAUGUACAUUUACAAAAUGUACGAAUGAAGAACCCUGUAACAUCAUCUGGUAUGAGACUUUCACACAUUGGUUUGUCACGACCUGCAACAGCCACAGACAUGACAACACUACAGAUCCCGAUGUCCCUUAACUCAAACCUACAAUCUCUUCCCAUACAAACAGCAGGUUCCCUAGACUCAGGGUCUGUAGAUGGGGACGUUGCUUUCCAGACGUAUGAGGUACUACAUCAGUCAAGUCCAGGCACCUUCCUCAUCACACAGCCCCAAAACAGUCCAGUUAUCUCCCUUAGUGGCACAGCCAUGGGAACAGAUCACAUUAUUGUACACACACUACCAACAAACACAAUAAGAGGUAAUGAGAAUGUGACGGUGCAGAUGAACCCAACACCAGUUAUACUAAGUACCGGCCCUUCACAGGACGGUGUGUCAGAGGUGGUGGCUACACUGGACGCCAGCGAGAUGACAAACUCCAUACAGCUGACAGACACAAUUACAGAGGCAGAUCCAGAUCUACAGACAUUAAGUCAGGAUGACCGGUUGCCUGGAGACGAGGGUGAAAUUCCAGGGGCUGGGCUGGACAAUAGUGACCAAUUAACUACUCGGGGUCAAAUUAUCACAAAUGAAGAAAUAUAUGAAGCUGCGGAGACCAACAUUGGAAACUCAACUGCAGACACGGUUGACCUAGUAAUGGUCAGUACAACAUCGUCGUCCUUUGUCCAGACCACCAGUAGUGAGCUGAUGUCUUCACUGUCAGAUCCAAUGUUGCCGUCUGGCGGUCCAGAUCUAAUCGGGUCAUCAUCUGAUGUGGAGGGAGAGAAAUCACAUGGUCAGAUCUGCGAGAAUGACACGGACAUCACAAGUUCUGACAUCAAUGGAGCCGACAGCUAACACUACCCUCCAGACUAGCAAGAUUAAUGUGAUAUCUAUUACAAUGUUAAUUACUCUAUGAUAUUAUUUUUUUGUUUUCAUGAAAAAAAUGCAUUUAAUAAGAAAAUGAAUAGUUUUAUAAAUUGAAUAUAAACAUGAAUAGAGAUUUGUUUUUCGCUCUGUUGAGUUAUGAACAUUAUUUUGAGUAAUGAGUGUUUGGAUGGAUUAUUUUUGAAAGAUUUAUUCCAUUUUCACAAAUCUUAAGAAUAAUUUGAAUAGGAAUUUGAAAUGAGUUCAUCCCAUGACCUUUUACAUCCAUUCCAAAUCUUCAAUAUGGUAUUAUCAAACAAGGGUUUGCUAAUUGACAAGCAGUCCUGAUAGGAUGUGUAAUUUGUACUAUAUAUCUUGUUAGGGGAAUGGGUGUGGUUGCCUCUAUAAGUGGAUACAAACCCAGUGGAUAAAUCCAGUUCCAAAAGAAAGCAAAUCAAAAAUAUAUAUAUACGUAGCUUUUCCAUUUCACUUGCUUUUGCAUAAUAACUGUUAUUGUUUAAACUAGAUCCCAUUCAUUACAAACUUAGCUACACUGACGAUUGAAUUUAUUAAUUUGAUUUAAGUCCAAAAUAAUGAACUGAUGUAUAUGUAACAGUAUCUUGUAGAGUCAGAGCUGUGAUUUACCAUACAAUAUUCUUUAAUAGUAUGGUAUAUACAAAAUGUAUAUGGUUUACCCGGUUUAUGUAUUUUCUCAAAAAUAACUAAUCAAGCCCAAGGAAGCAGGAUGAUUAAAACAACACACAUCAUUGACCCUGUUGUGAACAACAAACAAGUUUUGUUUUUUUUUUGUUUUUUUUGUUUUUGUAAAAGAGAAUGAAUGUUACCGGGGGUAUAUGUUUGUUACAUGCUAAUACAAGUAAUAAAAUAUGUUUUUCUGUAACAAAACAGGAUUAGGUUCAAUGAGAGCUACGAUUCUGUAACAAAAUUCUGACAGAGGUUUGGAGGUUACGAAAUCUUAGGCUCAUUCUGAGAUUACCAGUUGUAAUAGUUAUAGGAAAUAAAAAUUGAUUCGUAAUAUUUAACUUAUUUAAUAGUUCAGAAACUUGUCAAUAGUUUUGAUUUACAAAGUACUCUUAGAGUACCUGGGGAAAACCCAUGUGGUCGGGCAGGUGGGCCAAGGUUUCACAUCCAAUAAGGGCAUCAAUCUCUGGUUUCCUAGGUUAAAAGCUUGUGCAAAGUGCAACAUUUGAAUAUUUCUGAACAUUGCUAACAAUAUCAUGUUUCAAUUGGAUUAUGCUAUAUCUGAAACAAUAGAAAUAGUACAUUUAAUAUCUACAUGUCGGUUCAAUCUAAUUAAAAUAAGAUUUACCAUUAUCCAAUUCACAAUGUGGUGUAUAAUGAUCUGUAUUUGAAACAGAUUGAUGUGAGUUCAUUCAGAAUCAGCAGAUAAAUACAUCUGAUCAACUUGUAAAAUUUGGUAUUUAAUUUUUGUUGUAAGAUAGUGCUAUACCAAUCAAAAUAGAUAGAAAAUAUUGCACAAGUUAUCAGAUGGGAUAACCGUCCAAAAAAAUUCAAUUUUAUUUCUUUGUUUCAAAUAAAACAGAUUGAAAAACAAAUGUGUAUCACAUAAGAUAUCCCUGUUCAAGGUGCAAGAACUUUAAACUUGUACUGAAGAAAAUGAAAUACAUUUAUCUCGUUUUUUGAAUUUGAAUUCCAGCAUGCUUUUUCAAGAAAUUUGUUAUUUCAACUCGAGUGCUAAUUAUGGAAGAGUUUCUCCCAAAUGAAUGUUAAAGAUGCUACACUGCCAACAGAGUAUACGCUGUGUGUAUAAAAUGGCACCAUAGUAUAAAUGUGUAUCCAACGCCAAGUAUUGAAAAUUAAUAGCGUCCUAAGAUUUACAUACAAAAUAUAGAGGCAGAGUACAUUAUGAUUUCUUAGGGAUGCAAUUAUUUAUUUACGAUGAAUUGAAAAGAUAGAGAAAAACUCAAACUUUUUGAGGAUGGUAAUAGUGUAAAGUAUGUAACCUUUGGUAUUGUGUUAAAAACACAUCAGUCUAUUCUUGUAUUCAGUCGAUUACUUUGUUGAGAGAUGUAGCAGCUUUAACAUGUGAAUGAUAACUUAUUCUCCUUAUUUAUAUCCAGUACAGAUCUGUAUUACUUGAUGCAUGUGAUAGUUUUGCUCAAGAACUUUUGUUUUAGUAUUCCAUUGGAUUUGUUGUCUUGUUUACAAUACAAAUAUCUUUAUUUAAUAAAGAUAAUAUAACUUGAA